GCAAAGCUGAUCCGCAGUUAUCUGGCUCUGCAUGCUCCGAUACUCAAUCUAUAAGGAGGAAGAAGGUGAAGGACUCCACUGAGGACACUGUUGCACCAGCUGUGAAUGCUGGCUCAGUUUUUGUUGCAGCUGGCACAGUUAUCUCAGAGGAAAGACACCAGAUCAUAAGGCAGGAUCUUAAUUUGACCCUUAACACAGAAAAUAUGAUGCCAGAUCAACCUGAUGAACAACUUCGAAAAGAGGGAAAUGACAGCAUCUCACUGAGAGAUAAAUCCCAAAGCACUCCCAAAUCUAGGCCUGUCUCAGAACUCAUAAAGGAGACCAUUCAACUGCAUGAAAAGCUGCAGCAACAGGACCGGACAAAGCCAGCUGAAAUCAAGUCUGAUGAGCAGGGCCAUUCUGUGAAGGUGGCACAGAUGAAGGCAGCUUUUGACUCUGCUCAGAAGUCCACAGACAAGGCAAUCGAGAGGAAGCCGUCAGUGAGAAGAGAUAUGAGACGAGUUGUACGGCAGAGCAAAUUCCGUCACGUCUUUGGCCAGGCGGUGAAAAAUGACCAAUGCUACGAUGAUAUCCGGGUGUCAAGGGUCACAUGGGACAGCUCCUUCUGUGCAGUUAACCCCAAGUUUGUUGCCUUAAUUAUUGAGGCCAGUGGUGGUGGAGCUUUCCUCGUUCUCCCUCUUCACAAGACGGGACGCAUUGACAAAGCCUACCCCACAGUGUGUGGUCACACAGGGCCGGUGUUGGACAUUGACUGGUGCCCUCACAAUGAUCAUGUCAUCGCCAGCGGCUCUGAGGACUGCACAGUGAUGGUGUGGCAGAUUCCUGAGAAUGGCCUUGUUACUUCCAUGUCUGAGCCAUUGGUGGUACUGGAGGGCCACUCCAAGCGCGUUGGCAUCAUCACAUGGCACCCAACAGCACGCAAUGUCCUUCUUAGUGCAGGUUGUGACAACCAGAUCUACAUCUGGAACGCGGGCACGGGAGAGGCAGUGAUCCGUCUGGAGGACAUGCACCCUGAUGUCAUUUUCAACGUGACCUGGAACCGCAACGGCAGCCUUAUCUGCACUGCCUGCAAGGACAAGACCAUCCGUGUCAUCGAUCCCCGCAAGGAGGCGAUUGUUGCCGAGAAGGAGAAGGCACAUGAGGGCGCUCGACCCAUGAGGGCCAUUUUCCUGGCUGAUGGCAACGUCCUGACCACAGGCUUCAGUCGCAUGAGUGAGAGACAGCUCGCCCUCUGGAACACGGAUAACAUGGAGGAGCCCAUGACUGUUAAUGAGAUGGACACCAGCAACGGAGUGCUCUUGCCCUUCUAUGACCCAGACACCAGCAUUGUUUACCUCUGUGGGAAGGGUGACAGCAGCAUCCGUUACUUUGAAAUCACGGACGAGGCUCCGUAUGUUCACUUCCUCAGCACCUUUGCCACAAAGGAGCCCCAGAGGGGCAUGGGCUACAUGCCCAAGAGGGGGCUUGAUGUCAAUAAGUGCGAAAUUGCGAGGUUCUAUAAACUGCAUGAAAGGAAGUGUGAGCCUAUCGUGAUGACUGUACCAAGAAAGUCGGACCUGUUCCAGGACGACUUGUACCCAGACACAUCUGGACCCGACGCUGCCCUGGAGGCUGAGGAGUGGUUUGAUGGCAAGAAUGGAGACCCCAUCCUCAUCUCCCUCAAGAAUGGCUACGUCCAGGGCAAGCACCGCGAAUUCAAGGUGGUCAAAAAGAACAUUUUGGACAGCAAGGUGACCAAGAACUCAGAGAACUCGAGCCCUGCCAACAAGUCUGCCUCCUCAACUCCAUUGAUUAAAUCUGAAGCCAAGCUGGAGGAGAUCUUGAAAGAAAUCAAAUCCCUCAAGGACCUGGUCAGCAGUCAGGAGAAGCGAAUCAUCAAACUUGAAGAUCAAAUGUCCAAAAUUGCCAUUUAGGGACCCUAUACCCAACCCGCUACAAUUCAGGACGUUCCAUUGGCUGGGGGGGUGGGCGGGGCCAGUCACUGCCUAUCUCAAUGACAGUGUUUCGUCUGAGGGCCUGCCUAUCACCGACCCCUAGCAACAUUCCAGAUGAACUUUUUCUUAGCCAGCCCCCGACCCUCAGUUUAACACAGGUGGAAAAAGGACAUGUGACAAAUUUAGCAGAAAAUACUCUUUGGUUUUUGGUGACAAAGGACUCCAUUCCUUUUAUUGUGUGGCGGUUUUUAUUUUGUCUACUUGUAUAAAAAGGUUUUUGCAUUUUCCUUUGCAUUUUUAGAAGUACAGUAUGACCAAGACCAUUCCAAUAUCAAUAGUCCACAUUUGCCAUCAGAUACCCCAAUUUUAGUUUUAAGUAGGUAUCCGUGUUUCAUGUAACUAUAAGCCAAAAUUAUAAUGUUGCCAAAUUGUACCAUUUGUUUACACCUCCUUAACAGUAUUUCUUUCUCUCUCUUUGUGGGAAGAGUCAAAAUGUAAACGGGGACCCUCUGUGCAGUAGACUGGUUGUGUAAGGAGGUCAUUAAUAAUUCACUAUGAAAUUAAAAUAAUUUAAAUAAGUUGGAUGGCUAGGGAGAUAGACAUCUCAAACUGUAAGUAGGAGGAAAUACAAUUUUAGAUUGAAGACCCAUUUAGCUGCCACAGUCUACACCAAGCCACAGUCAUUACAUAUAUGACAAUGUUCGCCAUCUGUGUUGAAUCUGCACAAAUUUACUCUUGCUUUCUGCCAUUCCUUCUCAUUCCUGUCGCUUCCCGUCAUUCUGACUGUGGACAAUAGUCCACAUAAACAUGCAUUCCUUUCCGUCUUGCUUCAUUAACAUGCACUGUGUGCUUAUUGGAGAAAAACGACAAACAUUCCACAAAUCUCAUUGGCAGUUCUUGGUUUCAGGAAAAACUAUUUCUAAAAAGUUCCUCCUUCUGUGAACACUCUACUGUAGUGACUCGGUUGCACUGGUUGGUUGUUAUAGUGACAUCUACGUGCUGCCCAUGAAAAGACCAAAUUUGUUGAUUUUCAACCUCAGCUCUGCUUUGUUUUUGUGAGCGGUUCCGGUCACCGACAUCUGUGUUCAGUAGCCACGGGCUUUGCGCAAUUUACAAGUGGAGUCAAGUGUAGUGGGAUUAUUUUCAUGUCACUGUUCCUUUGCAUUAGAUACCAUCUCAGAUCCGUAUCUUUUGUACAAACUAAACCGGAAUUGACAUGAAAUGACACCAAGUAAUCACACAUUGACUUGACUAUUUAAAACCUUCUGGUGAUAAAACUGGAGAUUGCUACAGGAACUGUUCAUGAUAGACCUUAAAGGCCUAAGUUGUUUGUGAAUAUGUGCCCCCAUGUCUCUGGUCUUUUGGGUACUUGUCAAUCUGGAUGUUCUUGCUUUGUUUCUUAUUGGGGGUUAUGG